ACCAAUAUAUGUCCAUGAAAGUGCAUUUUCAGCUACACAGUUAUGAAAUGCAACUUAAACAUCAAGGAGAUGGGUUUGCUUCUUCUUAUAUGCUUUUAGUUAAUAGCUAGGUAGUAGUUACAUGGUUGUUUGUAAUGAAACUAGUUCGUUCAUAACCUAGGAAAGCUUCUGUGGAUAUUAUAAAAGAAAGGAAAAGCAUCGGGAAAAGUUUAAAUUGAAAUUGAAACCGAUUCCUCUCUCCCCUGUCUGUAUCUUGUCCUGCUUCAUCUUGUGGUUCCAAAGAAGACUUGUCACUCCUUACGCCACCUCUUGGCAACAUAGAUUCUCCAACUGGCUCCAACCAACCACCACCACCACCUCUUUCUCCACCAUUUAUAAGCACUGCACCCUAGUCAAUCAGAAUCACAAAUCACCUCUUCAUUUAAAACCUGCUCUCUUAUAUUCACUUGUUUGGUGAUCAGCACUCCUAUUUUUGUAUUUGCAAAGAGUCCCACCCUCUCUUUCCAUCAAAAUUUUAGACUUGACAUUCAAGAACAUGUCUUCAAGCUAUCAAGCUUCCAGAAAUUCUAGAUCCGCUUGGACACCAAGGGAAAACAAACUGUUUGAGAAGGCACUAGCCUUGUUUGAUAAGGACACACCGGACAGGUGGCAAAAUAUAGCCAAAGCUGUUGGUGGUAUGAAAUCUGCCGAGGAAGUGAAGAAACACUAUGAAAUCCUUAUUGAGGAUCUUCAUCAUAUCGAGUCUGGCCGCAUUCCUAUUCCUAAGUACAAGUCUAGUGGAAGCUGCAACAACACAAACGAAGAAGAAAGGCUUCUGAAGUAUCUCAACCUGCAGUGAAGUCCAAGACUCGGACAGGCUACCUAUUUAUCAUCCUGAAGGCAAGUUUGUGGAAAGUGGAUGCUCCUAUCAUCAUGAGAUGAACUCUGUUUCUUUGUCCUUCUCUGCACUAUGAUUCAUUUCAUAUCAUCUUCCAUUAGCUCCAUUGUGAUGAAACUAUCCAUGCUAGUAAGAUGUUCUUCAUUGCUCCA